AUGGCCGGUCCACCGUCAAAGAAAAUCAUAAGCACACUUUCGGGAGAAACAUUGACGGCACGUGAUCUAGCGACGUGCUAUACACCCUUGGAAUGGCUCAAUGAUGAGGUUAUCAACGCGUACUUGGCAUUGAUCAUUGACUAUAUGCGGCGAACCAACAACAACUCCGGACGAAAUGAUCGGCCACGCUUUCACGCUUUCAAUUCUUUUUUCUUUUCUAAUUUGCGCGACAAAGGCUACGAUUCUGUGCGCAGGUGGGCGACACGGGCCAAGAUUGGGGGCGAAGCCCUCCUCAGCGUCGAUACGGUGUUUGUUCCAAUCCAUGACAAGUCCCAUUGGACACUCAUCGUGUUGAAGCCGUGCGACCGCACCAUUGAGCACUUUGACUCCCUCGGGGGGCUCAACAAGCGCCAUGUCGAUCUCAUCAAAAUGUGGCUGAGGGGGGAGUUGGGGGGAAAGUUUGUGGAGGAGGAUUGGGAGGUGCUGCCGUCCCUGUCCCCUCGGCAAGACAAUGGAUCCGACUGCGGUGUCUUCCUCCUGUCGACGGCGAAAGCCGUCGCCAUCAACCUGGAGCCCCAAUCCUAUGGGGCUCCAGACUCCCCACUCCUGCGAAGGAAGAUAGUGGUGGAGUUGAUGAAUGGAGGCCUGGAUGGGGACUUCGUACCUACCGAAGUCCCGGGCUACGAAUACCGCGAAGUCCCCAUCCAGGGCCGGGGGGUUAAGCUAUGA